CCCCCCCCCCCGGGGCCGGGCAUGCCCUGCGGCGCGGGCGCAGCCCCGGCCAUGGGCAACUGCACCAAGACCCCCGAGCGGAGGCUCCCCAAGGACGGGAAGCCACGCUCCGGCCCCGUGCCUCCCGGUGCCGGGGACCCCGAGGAGGUGUCGGAGGCGGCGCAGUCCCCCCCGUUGCAGGGCUACUCGGUGCUGCAGGGGCUGGUGGGGCCGGCCUGCAUCUUCCUGCGGCAGAGCAUCGCCAUCACCCAGCGGGACCGAGAGCUGCGGCCUGAAGAGAUCGAAGAGCUGAAGCAGGCGUUCCGGGAGUUCGACAAGGAUCGCGAUGGCUACAUCAGCUACAAGGACCUGGGCGAGUGCAUGCGGACCAUGGGCUACAUGCCCACCGAGAUGGAGCUCAUCGAGCUGUCCCAGCAGAUCACCGGGGGCAAAGUGGAUUUCGAUGACUUUGUGGAGCUGAUGGGCCCCAAGAUGCUGGCGGAGACAGCGGAUAUGAUCGGGAUCAAGGAGCUGCGCGACGCCUUCCGCGAGUUCGACACCAACGGCGACGGGCAGAUCAGCGUGGCAGAGCUGCGGGAGGCCAUGCGCAAGCUGCUGGGGCAGCAGCUCAACUACCGCGAGGUGGACGAGAUCCUCAAGGACGUGGAUCUCAAUGGGGACGGGCUGGUGGACUUCGAAGAGUUUGUGCGGAUGAUGUCGCGCUGAGGACGGCGUGUGCCAACACGGGACCGCACCGUGCCUUAUGAAGAGGAGGGGGCCACGGAGACACCCGGUACCGGUGCUGGUACCGGUGCCCAAGCCCGGGGCAAGGCCCUCACCGGUGGUGCUCAGCCUCAUCCUUGGCUUUGUGCCGAGGUCCCAGUGUGGCGGUGGGCACCGGGGAUGCCACCGGGCUGGGCUUUGGCUGCUCUCGCCCUCAUCUCUGCCCUCAGCGUUCCCCUUUCUGCCCUGAGCUCAUCCCAAAGCCCUCCCCGCUCAGCCCCCCAGCCUCCCCCUGGCUCCCACACCCAACCCUGUCCCCCCACGCUGUGAUUCCGGGUUUAUCCCGCUGCCUGUCCCCCGUUACCUACCCCAGAGGUGGCCGGGGCCGGGCAUCCCGCUGCUUCCCGGGCCCGGGUGGACGUUCCUCAGGGCUUCAACCGGGACAUCCUGCAGGGAAGAAGCCGGGAAUGAAGCAUCCCGGUUCCACUGCGGAUGGGGAGCAGCGUGUGGGAGCGGCAGGAUCCUGCCCUGGGAGCACUUGGGGGUGA